UUCCGUCAUCAAGCUGUCAGCUGUCAAAUGAUUGUGCAAGGCGAGCCAUCUUAUUUUCUUUUCAAUUUUAGAUUGUAAUGGUACAUGUUUCCUUGUGGCUGGCUGAAACAGAUAAACCGAUAAACGUAGCAGCAAGACUCCAAUUUAUUAAGAAUAUCUGAAACAUUUCUUUUGUGAUGUGGAAGGCAUUGUGUCAUUCUAGGCAAUGCGCUCUUCUUAAAAGCACAACAGUUGAGCCUGUGUUCCUUUUGUCAGGUACACAUUUCACUUAAAGUGAGACAAUCCAAACAUUUAUAAAAAUACAAAACCAAAUUAUUGAGGUUUGGUUUCCAAUAAUUUUAUACCUUUUCCAAUGAUUUUUCUACACCAUGGGGGAAUCUCGACGCUGCCACUUGAAAGAAAUAGAGCCAGAGGAAUCACAGCUGAAAAAAUCCAUGGCAGAAUGGCAGUUUGCACCUUCCUCGGUUCUGGAAAACAAUCUUCCAAUUGACUCAGAUACAGAAACUUACAUCUGCUCGAAUGUGAAGGGUGUUAUUUAUUCCAGAGUGAAGCCAUCACCAUUAGUGAAAAAUGUUAGGCUUGUUGCAUAUUCUAAAGAUGUUUUAGUUAACAUUUUAAAUAUGCAUCCUAGUAUUACUGAAACUGAUGAAUUUGUGAAAUGGGUCGCUGGUAGUAAUGUAUUGAGCUCUUCCACCCCUUUGGCACACCGCUAUGGGGGUCAUCAGUUUGGGGCAUGGGCAGGUCAAUUGGGUGAUGGACGUGCCAUGUCAUUAGGGGAACAUAUUUCACAUGAUGGUAAACGCUGGGAGAUUCAACUCAAAGGCAGCGGGCUUACUCCAUACUCCCGUGGGGGUGAUGGGCGUGCAGUUCUACGGUCUUCCAUCAGGGAGUUCCUUUGUUCAGAAGCUAUGCAUGCUCUUGGUAUUCCUACUACUAGGGCUGCAGCAAUAGUUGUAAGUGAUGAUGCUGUUAUUCGUGAUCAAUUCUAUGAUGGAAGACCAGAAGUGGAGAAAGCCUCAGUUGUAAUGCGAAUUGCCCCAUCUUUUUUGCGCUUUGGUUCAUUAGAAAUAUUAUCCAAAAAUAUUGAGCUAUCUGAAUUGAGAAGAUUACUCAACUACAUAAUACAGUUACGUCCUGACAUAACAGAAUGUGGGGAUCAGAAAUACUUUGUCUUACUUGAACAAAUAAUCCAAGAGAGCAUCAACCUGGUUGUAGCAUGGGCUAGUUUUGGGUUUACUCAUGGUGUACUAAACACAGAUAACAUGAGUAUGUUUGGGGUAACCAUCGACUAUGGACCAUUUGGAUUCUUAGAGAAAUUUGAUCGAAACUAUAUUUGCAAUUCUUCUGACAGUACUGGGCGUUAUGCAUUCUGUGACCAGUUGCCGGUUGUGCAAUGGAAUUUGACAAAACUUUAUAUGGCAGUAAAAGUUUUACUAUCAGAACCAGAACAGAAAAGAAUAGAAGUGCUGCUAAGAAAUGCUGUGGCAGCUGGAGAGGCACAAUAUGCAAUGGCUUUUAAUGAAAAAUUGGGUUUUAUCACAAACCCAAAUAUUACACCACAACUAUCUCGUUUUCUCAUUGAAAUGAUGGAAGAAACUGGAAGUGAUUUCACUAUGACAUUUAGACAACUAGGAUUUGUUACUAUUGAUGAAAUGGCAGAUGCCAAGGCCCUUGAAAAACACUGGUCUCUUAAUAUUUUGAGUAAACAUUCAAAAUAUCUUGAAUUUGUCUCUCUUUACAAACAGUGUAUGGCUGUGGAAGGUUUAAGUGAUGAACAGCGACGCAGUAACAUGAUGACCAAGAAUCCUCAAUAUGUUUUACGAAAUUGGAUGGCACAGCAAGCUAUCAAGCAAGCUGAUCAAAAUGACUUUAGUGGUGUGAACUUCCUCCUAGAAAUACUCAGCAAGCCUUUUACCAUUAAUGAAGAAGCUGAAAAAAAAGGAUUUUCUGGUCCAACUCCUGCUUGGGCUGACUGUAUACGAGUAAGCUGCUCAAGCUAAAUUCUGUGGAGAUUUGGUUUUUUCUUCGGCUGUGCAAUGGAAUGCUACUUCAGGCCUUUUUUUUCUUAAACCAUUAUGUUAAGUUUUUCAUGUAAUGUUUUAAAAGUAGUGUUAUCUUAUUUUAAAGCCUUUACUAAGAUACCUGGUACUUUUAAGUGUGGAAAGUACUGAGUAGUUUUAACAUUCCACUGUGAUUCCGUUUUCAGAAACUUCAAUGAACUUUACAUCUGUAAUGCACUUUCUAGAUAAAAUUGUCAUGAAAUAAUGAUUUUCUUGUCUGGUACACUGUUGUACACCUUAUGGAUAAAGUUGUAAUGGAAAUUGUGGUUUUUGAAAUCAAAUUCUGCUUGUUAACUGUGAUUGAUGCUUGUUAACUGUGCAUGGUAAAUUAUUCUAGUCUUCAGUGAACCAAAACAAAAACUAUCUUACAUCAAAA